AUGCUGUCUUUUACUCACUGCUCUGACGAAGCUAGGAAAGAUUUGACAAAUACCUUGGACAGCCAAAAACUAGUCUCCGUUUUGAAAGCAGGAUCCCAUUUCGAAGUGCCGGAUUUGGUUGAGUAUUUUAUUGAUGCCAUGAAACAAAAAUUAUCAACGCACAACGUUUGGACCUACUGGACCGCUUUAGAACCGAUCUCUGAAAUCGCACCUAUCGUGGCAAAUCACUGUCGAAAUUUUUUGCUUAAUCACUUCCUUGAUACUUGUGCAUGUGACGAUUUCAUUUUGCAACCAUUCGAAAGGCUGGAGCCUCUACUGCGUGAUGACGCAUUGAACACCUCUAACGAACUAGAUUUAUUUAGGCAACUAGAAAGGUGGGUAACAGCUGAUCCUUCAAAACGCUGUUGCCACAUUAAUGAACUUCUUGGUUGUUUGCGACUGGGUCGUUUGAAUUUAGAUGAGUUUAACCAACUUAAGGCUAGUAAUCUUAUGUCUGAAUACUUGGAUUGCUGCCGCAAAGUUCUAACCAUCGCCCAGUCCAUCAUCGAAUCCAACGGCGCCGGUUCCAAUUCGACAGCUCACCAGUCAGGAGAUGAUGCGGAAAUGCAAGCUUACUUGAAGCGUCCUCGCCUUCCUCAUGCAGCGAUUUUUGUAGUAGGUGGGUGGGAGGGGAAUCAAGAUGAUCCGAACUUUGGUCCAUCCCGUGCGAUUCAGGUGUACAAUUCACGGAGUAAUACUUGGCGUCGAAUCAACAACGAUGGAAUAGCUCUCGACGAAGGUCAUGCUUAUUCGGGCUGCGUACUAUACAAGAAUAAGAUUUACGUAAUUGGUGGAUAUAUUGCUAGUGGACCCACUCAGAUGCUCAAGGUGCUUGAAUUGGCCACAGGGACGUGGAAGCACCUUUCUCCAAUGCACGAAAAGCGUAAUUAUAUAUGCGCUUGUCUUCUAGACAACGCUAUAUAUGCGUUGGGUGGACACAAUGGCCGGCAUCGUUUGAACACUGUAGAGCGCUAUGACCCAGAGCAGAAUAACUGGACGUUUGUAUCACAGAUGAGACAAGUGCGGAGCGACGCUGGAGCUGACUCUUUAAACGGGAAGAUCUACGUUUGUGGCGGAUUUGAUGGACAUCACUUUUACGAUUCUGUUGAGUGUUAUGAUCCAAAAGUGGACCAAUGGACUCUUUUGGCUCCGAUGCAGAAUAUUCGAAGUGGUGUCAGUGUGACUGGUUUCAACAAUUGUCUCUAUGCUAUUGGUGGAAAUGAUGGCCUGCAACGGUUGAGAACAGUUGAACGAUAUGAUCCGGAGACUAAUCAGUGGCAAACAAUGCCCUCGAUGAUUCGCCAGCGGAGUAAUUUCUGUAUUAACAUUGAAAAGUCUAUGCCUCUGAAUGUGAAUGCAUCGUCUGCUCAUUCUUAUGAUUUGAAAUCUUCAAAGUACAGCAGCAAAUUCCUUUCUCAAAAAGUGGAUUAUUUUAGCUCCAAUCAAUUGUCUAAAAUUUACCAAAUGAAAGUGGAAAUCAAAUUGGCUGUUCUCUGUCCUUCACCCUGCAUUGCAGACCUAUUGCUCUGGAUUCGAAAUUCAUUUUUCAUUGCUUUACCAUGA